UGACAGAUGAAUGUUGGCCGUCACUUUGGUCUCGAAUUUUAAUUUUUUAUUCGAUUCUGUAAAGUAAAUCUAGUUUAUAAAAUGAAAAUCAAUGACAAAAAUCUCUGUGCUUUUGCUACAUCAUCUACUCCUGUAGAUCGUGAAGGUUGGCUUAGCAAAAAGGGCGAAAUCAACAAAGCCUUCCAAAGAAGAUGGUUCGUUCUCAAAGGGAAUCUAUUAUUUUAUUUUGAGAAAAAAGCAGAUAAAGAACCUCUCGGUGUUAUCAUCCUCGAGGGAUGCACAAUAGAAUUGGCAGAAGAUGAAGAGCAUUUUAGUUUUAAAAUAAUGUUCCAUGGACCUAACAAUAGAUCUUACAUUCUGGGUGCUGAUUCUCAAGAAGUCAUGGAGCAAUGGAUGAAGGCUUUGGCUUGUGCGGGUUACGAUUACAUGAAACUGAUGGUAGCAGAGUUACAGAGACAGUUGGAUGAAUUGGAAGAAAAUGGUGAUGGAGCUUCUGGUUUACCUCUUCCGCCACCCAGACAAAGACAUAACCCAUUCAACAAUAACCAAGGGUCUACUCCUGUAGCUCCUAAGAGAGAAUCAACAAAAAAUACCGACUCGCAGAACAAAAACAAAAUAACAUUUAGAGAACUACAUACAGCAUAUGGACGCCCAAUACUUACAGAUUUUAAUAUAUGGCGACACCACAAAAAGGCAUCCAUGGUUCCGGAAGAUGUUCUAAUAUCUAUAUAAAUGGGUAUUUAAUUCAAUGUUAUAGUAUUAUUAUUAUAUUCAUACAGUUUUGUAGUUGUACAUAGAUGUUAUAAAUUU